ACCAUCCCAUCUCCUCCUCCACGCACCAACCGGACACCUCGCCUCCACUUCUUCUCCUUCAUCAUCACCAGCUCCGAUACGGCCGGCCGGCCGGCUACCACAUUAACUCUCUCAUCACCAACCCCGACCUCUCUCUCGAGUCUCGAGACCAACUUGCGUUGAUCAUAUCGAGCACCGCCACUACUACAUCUAGUCCCAUCAGCCGGCCGCCAUGGCCAAGAAGAAGCUCCUCCUCGCGCACAAGCUCCUCUCCGCCAUGCUCUCCCUCCUCUUCCACAAUGGCCGGAACAACAACAAGCAGCCUCCCAUCUCCAGGGCCGCCGCCGCGCCACCGGACGACGGCCCCUCUCGCCAGCCGGUGGUGCGCCGCGGCGCCCUCCCGCCGGCGCCCGCCCUGCAGCACACUACCCUCGUCGUCGACGUCGACGCCGCGCUGCUGCGCUCCGGCGGGGACCUCUUCCCCUACUUCAUGCUCGUCGCGCUGGAGGCCGGCGGCUUCCUCCGCGGCCUGGUGCUCCUCCUCCUCUACCCCCUCCUCCGCCUCGUGGGCCCCCGCGGCGCCGCCGCCGUGCGGACCAUGGCGGCCGUGAGCUUCUGCGGCCUCCGCGCGGGGGCGCGCUUCCGCGCCGGCCGCGCUGUGCUGCCCAAGUGGCUCAUGGAGGACGUGGCGGCCGAGGCGUUCGACGCGCUGCGCGCCGCCGCCGGCGAGGGGAGGGCGGUCGCUGUAGUGUGCGCCACGGCGAUGCCCAGGGUCAUGGUGGAGGGGUUCCUCCGGGAGUACCUCGGGGUGGACGCCGUCGUCGCGCCGGAGAUGAAGGUGCUCUGGGGGUUCUACACCGGCCUAAUGGAGGAAGCCGACCACAAGGUGGUGGUGGCGGCGGCGACGGACGAGGGGAAGGAUGUCGUGGGGUUUGCCGGGUCGCCGGAGUUCCUCCAGCAUCCUCUCGCACGUUGCUGCAAGGAGAUCUUCUUGGUGAGCUCCGACGAGAAGCGCCGGUGGCGGCCGCUGGCGCGGGACAAGUACCCGAAGCCGAUGGUGUUCCACGACGGCCGCCUCGCGUUCCGCCCGACCGCCGCCGACACGCUCGCCAUGUUCGCGUGGCUGCCCUUCGGCGCCGCCCUGGGCGCGGCCCGCCUCGCGGUCGCGCUCGCCGUGCCGUACCGGUACUCCACCCCGCUCCUCGCCGCCACCGGCAUGUCGUGGCGCCUCAAGGGCGGCCGCCCGGCGCUCCCCUCCGGCGGCCGCGGGCAGCUCUUCGUCUGCAACCACCGCACGCUCAUCGACCCCGUCUACGUGUCCGUGGCGCUGGACCGGCAGGUGCGCGCCGUCUCCUACAGCCUCAGCCGCCUGUCAGAGCUCAUCUCGCCGAUAGGGCGCACCGUGCGCCUGACGCGGGACCGGGACAGCGACGGCGCCGUCAUGGCGCGGCUGCUGGACCGCGGCGACCUCGUCGUCGUCUGCCCCGAGGGCACCACCUGCCGGGAGCCCUACCUGCUGCGGUUCAGCCCGCUGUUCGCCGAGCUCAGCGACGACGUCGUCCCCGUCGGCAUCGCCGUCGAGACGUCCAUGUUCUACGCCACCACGGCGGGGGGGCUCAAGUGCUUCGACCCGCUCUACUACAUGGUGAACCCGCGGAUGUGCUACACCGUGCAGUACCUCGACAAGGUGGACACGUCGCCGGUGAGGAGCGGGGCGGCGCCAAGCACCGACAUGGCCAACCUCGUGCAGAGGAAGAUGGGGGACGCGCUCGGCUACGGCUGCACCAUGCUCACCAGGAAGGACAAGUACCUCAUGCUCGCCGGCAACGACGGUAUCGUCAGAUCAACCGACGACAAGUCCGCCGCCAUCGCCGCCGGCGGAGCAGCUACGGCAGGGAAGAAGAAAGACAAGAGUACAGAAAAGAAAAACUAAAUGUCAACCUUAUUGUUGGUUCUACAAAAGCAACAAAUUAAGUCAGGUGAAAAAUGAGAUGAAUAGUUCUUGACUUUUUUGGUGUUUGAGACUUGGAAGUUUGUUUGGCCUGUUCAUUUUCUGCUCUUUGCUUCUCUUUAUUAAUUAGGUUUAUUUGUAGGGAUUUCUUUGAUUUUAUUUAUUAUGUAUCUGUAAAGAAAACUACAGUUUGAAUUAAAUCGUUCAUGUGCA